UUCACAAAAUAAAAAUAAAAAAAUGCUGAGAAUCGCCGCAAGCGCAAAGAGAGUGGUGGGAACGGCGUCGUUCGAGGCGGCACCGCCGGCCGUUAGGGUUCUGCAGCGGUUCUACCACGAGAGGGUGGUGGAUCACUACAACAACCCCCGGAAUGUUGGAUCGUUCGAGAAGAACGACCCGACCGUGGGUACGGGUCUGGUCGGGGCACCCGCGUGUGGCGACGUCAUGAAGCUUCAGAUUAAGGUUGAUGAGAACACCGGAAAGAUCGUUGAUGCUCGUUUCAAGACCUUCGGCUGUGGUUCCGCUAUUGCUUCUUCAUCCGUUGCUACUGAAUGGGUAAAGGGAAAGCAAAUGGAGGAAGUUUUAUCCAUCAAAAACACUGAAAUUGCAAAGCAUCUUUCACUUCCACCAGUCAAGCUUCACUGCAGCAUGCUUGCUGAGGAUGCUAUAAAAGCAGCUGUUAAAGAUUAUGAAGCUAAGCGUGCCUCUGCAACUGCUAGCGGAGAGUCGACAACUGGAUAGAAAACUGCCACUGCCUGAUUUCUGUAAUUUCUAGAAUGAUGAUGAAAACAACCUUUAGUGUGGUUUUCUGAUGGUGUUAACGAGUCAAUUGUUAUCAUUAGAACAUCUUGAAGCCAGACUAUUUCUUGGUUGGAACUAGUCAGCUAGAUUUUAUUGUCAUAAUGUAUGAAGCAAAUAGUUGUGUGCUGGCUGUAAUUUGUUAUCUGCAAUCUGCAUGGUUUGUAGGAGUAAAAUCAUGUCUUUAUUGAACUAUGUACACAAUACAAUAAAGCAGAAUAUUUACAUGUUGGAAUAUUUGGAAGUCCAUAGCUUCAUCUUUA